AUGAAAAAUUUAGACAAUGAUGAUCUCGACAAACUUCCCAAACUCAAGAGCUCAAAAGAAUGGUUGGAACCACAGCCACUUUCUUUUAUGGAGGCAUUAGCUAAAGAAGAUGUUAAUGCAGCUAUUAAAUCAAUAUUAUAUAGAGAAAAUUAUGUAAUUAAGGAACUAGAUAAGUAUUUACAACGUCAUGACUUUUUAAAUGUAAGAAGAAGAGAGAUGUUAUAUAAAAGAUGGGUUGACCAUGUGGCAAAUCCCCUCCAGAAGAUAAUUGCAGAAAAAGUUCGUUCACAUAAGAAGAUUAAAAAAAGAAGACAAGAGGAAUUAGAUACUUUUUUAAAAUAUGUAAAUAAAAAGGGAAGUACAUUUAUAGAGCACUAUGAUCCAAAAGAUUAUGAUCCUUUUUAUAUGAACAAAGAGGACCUGAAUUUUCUGAAGGUUACCACCCCACUAUUUCGUGACCCUUUGAAAAAAGCACAAUACGACAAAGAUGAUGAAAAAAGAACUCUUCUUCAGUGCGAGACUGGCAAACUAUAUACAAUGAAAGAAUUUAAAGAGAUCGAGAAGGCCAAACUGCAUUCCAGAUUCCCAGGACUUUCUAAUUCAAGGUGUUUUUUGACUCCAAAUGAGUGGCUUAAACUGUCUACAAGCUACAUAGAAAGUGAAUUUUGUAAAAGGAGCAGGUUAAAAGUGAAAGGGAAUUUUAACGCUAGUAGUUUGGAUUUGAAACCCUCGGCCAAAGCUCCUCGUCUGCUGGAAUCCCAGGAAGAAGGAAAAGCCGUUACUUGCAAAAACAAAGGGUUAAGCCUUCUGCAAAAAGAACCUCUACUUCAGGAGGGAAAGAAUCCAGGUCCCCAGGAGGCCAACUCUGAAGACACUUCUCUUCCUUGA